AUGACGCCAACAUAUGGGUCACCUCGGACUUAUGAUGGCUCACGUCUACAAUACGACUGCAAGCCGACCACCAUCGCAUGGGCAACAUUGCGAGAACGAUGGUUGGGUAGCGUAUUCGACGAGGAAGACCCGGAUGGGAAAGGUUACAUCGAUCAGAACACUGCCGUUCAACUAAUCCAACAGACGAAUCCCACCCUGGCACUAUCCAAGAUCAAGAACAAAGUCAAGGAGGCUGGAAGUGCGCUCGGUGGAAUAGAGAGAGGUAGAAUUCAUAAAGAAGAAUUCAUCGAGUUGUACAAGGAAAUAGCCACCAGACCAGAAGUCUACUUCCUGAUGGUCCGCUACGCUAACAAAGAUUACUUGAGUUGUCAAGAUCUGCGCCUUUUCCUCGAAACCGAACAAGGAAUGUCCGGUGUAACGACAGAAUUCUGUGAGAAUGUCGUCGAGCAGUACGAGCCAUCGCCCGAAGCCAAAGAAAACAACUUCAUGACUGUAGACGGAUUCACUGCCUUUCUCCUAUCCAAGGACUGUUCCAUAUUUGAUCCUUCACACUCCAGAGUCUGGAUGGAUAUGAAACAGUAUUUCAUCGCCGCCUCUCACAAAACCUAUCUUGUCGAAGAUCAACAAGGAACGGCUAGCGUUGAUGGUUUGUCCAGUGCGCUGAAGAGGAACUGUCGAAUGAUCGAGAUAGACAUCUUCGACCCUUGUGAAGCCAAGGGAGAGACGGAACCGAUGAUUCAAAAUGGUAUGGUCGCUAAUAGUAAAGUGCCUUUAAGCGAAGCUCUGAAGGUGAUACGUGAAACGGCAUUCGAAAGGACACGGUAA